AAUGAAACAUAGAGCCAAGCGGUGAAGUUUCUGAGGAAGGAAGGUUACGUAAAUGAAGAGAGUUAGUUGAAGUAUAGACUACAUUUGCAUUUAUCAAUUCAUCCAUUAUCUAAGCAGUUGCAGCCGAAAAUGGCAUCGGAGUCAGGUCAAAGUCCCAAUCCUUCUUGGUUUACUCCCAAAAGGCUUCUUAUAAUAUUUUGUAUCAUUAACAUGCUCAACUAUGUGGAUCGAGGAGCUAUAGCUAGUAACGGUGUGAAUGGAAGCCUUGCAACUUGUACUGAAUCUGGUAUUUGUACCGGUGGCAGUGGAAUUCAGGGGGAUUUUAACUUGAACAAUUUUCAAGAUGGUGUUCUGUCAUCUGCAUUUAUGGUUGGGCUUCUAAUUGCUUCUCCAAUAUUUGCUUCUCUGGCCAAAAGUCACAAUCCAUUUCGGCUUAUUGGCGUUGGAUUGUCUGUUUGGACAAUUGCGAUAGCUGGAUGUGGUAGUUCGUUUGAUUUUUGGUCUAUUGCAAUAUGCCGAAUGCUAGUCGGUGUAGGUGAGGCUUCCUUCAUAAGUCUUGCAGCACCAUUCAUUGAUGACAAUGCUCCUGCUGCACAGAAAACAGCAUGGCUUGCUACAUUUUACAUGUGUAUACCAGCUGGGACUGCUCUGGGCUAUGUUUAUGGUGGAUUUGUUGGAAGCCAAUUUAACUGGAGAGUUGCAUUCUGGGUUGAGGCAAUUUUGAUGCUUCCAUUUCCCAUAUUGGGUUUUGUAAUGAAGCCUUUGCAAUUGAAAGGUUUUGCACCCUCAGAAUCCGAACAGGCACUAACAUCUACUGAAACAAAUGUUUCAGAAACUGGAGAUGAUGACAUGCUAGCUGAAGGUCAAGCCUUGAUCAGAGGAUCAAAGUCAACAUCCAAAUUUUGGAAUCAGUUCACCAGAUUCUCAAAAGAUAUGCAGGAGCUCUUGCAUGACCAAGUGUAUGUUAUAAAUGUUCUAGGGUAUAUAUCAUACAAUUUUGUCAUUGGAGCUUACUCAUACUGGGGCCCUAAGGCAGGAUACAGCAUUUACCAUAUGAAUAAUGCUGACUUGUUGUUUGGAGGCAUUACAAUUGUUUGUGGGAUUUUGGGGACAUUAGCUGGAGGCUUGUUUCUUGACCGGAUAAGUUCAACCAUCUCUAAUGCUUUCAAGCUUCUUUCUGUAGCAACAUUUCUAGGUGCAAUCUUCUGCUUGGUGGCUUUCCUUUUCAGGAGCUUGUCUGGUUUCAUAGUUCUCUUCUCUAUCGGUGAACUGCUAAUUUUUGUCACUCAGGCUCCUGUAAAUUAUGUUUCUCUCCGAUGUGUAAAACCUAGUUUGAGGCCACUGUCUAUGGCUAUAUCUACUGUUUCAAUCCAUGUAUUUGGUGAUGUGCCAUCCUCACCACUUGUUGGGGUCCUGCAGGAUCAUAUUAAUGACUGGAGGAAAACAGCAGUUUGUCUAACAUCCGUUUUCUUUCUUGCUGCUGGAAUAUGGUUCAUAGGAAUCUUUUUGAGAAGUGCUGAUCGAUAUAACGGAGAUGAUGAGGAUCAAUCUGCCACAGUUAGAAGAGAGAAAAUGAAGCCAUUGCUUGAAGGGAGCAGCGAUGCUUCCAAUCAAGCCUAAUUUCUAAUGCAAUUUUAGUACUAAUGCUAUCCCCCAAGUGUAUAUUAACUGCAAGUAUCCCUAUAAUUCCUUGAAGACAGUAAAAGUCGGUAGCAUCAUUGCUACUACCAGUCAUGUGGAAAAUGGUGGAUGGUGGUUUGAUACUUUGUUAUAUGCCCAAUACCGAUGUGAUGACAACACUUGAAAAAAAAAUUAUAUAAAAAAAAGAUGUUGGUCCUUUUGGACAAUUUGUAUGAUAAAUUUGGAAGAUUCUGCUGAUUCUUUCACCGGUCAAUUUGUUGUUCUAUGUAAAUUUGUAAUUAUUGUAAUUCUCAAGUCUUACCAUGGAAAAGAAACUAGCAAUGUAUAUGUUGUGCUGGGAAUGUUUACUUCCUCAAAGCAGGUUUCCUCUUUUA